AUUCCGAUACGACAUACAAAGAAGAGAAAGACGUGCGUUUUCGAAAUUUUAGAAGCUUUUAUCGCAAUCCCCGUUGAUAAAGGGACGUCAUAGAGCACAAAUUUUUUGCGCUUCAAUUUUUUUUUUUUUUUUCUGUUUUUGUUUUGCCCGUUCCGUUCGCUCGUUCUUCUUCUUCUUCCAUGAUGCUAUAACUGAAAGAGCUUAGGGUUUUCACUUUUUCAGUGUCUUAUUGACACGUCUUCUUCUCUUCGAAGCUCUGAAAAUCUCCACUUCUCUUAUCAUCAUUAAAAAAAAAUCAAAAUUGAUUUUUUUUUUUUUAAAUUUUGACAUCUUGAACCACUGAUUUCGUCUAUUGAUGCGAUUGGUUAUUAUUUGAAAAUGGCACUGAAACCGAAUUCAGCUGAGGGUAGAACUAGGAGUUCAAUUCAAAUAUUUAUUGUUUUUGGAUUGUGUUGUUUUUUCUACAUAUUAGGAGCAUGGCAAAGAAGUGGUUUUGGAAAGGGUGAUAGUAUAGCUUUAGAAAUGACUAAACAUGGUGCGGAUUGCAACAUCGUCCCAACCUUAAACUUCGAAACCCAUCACGCCGGUGAAGUUGGGAACGUGGAUGAAUCCGAAAAGCCCAAAUCUUUCGACCCAUGUCCUCCUCGUUACGUUGAUUACACGCCUUGUCAAGAUCAAAAGCGUGCCAUGACUUUCCCUAGGAACAACAUGAUUUAUCGUGAGAGACAUUGUCCGAUAGAGGAAGAGAAGUUGCAUUGUCUUGUUCCUGCGCCUAAAGGAUAUGUGACCCCGUUUCCUUGGCCUAAGAGUCGGGAUUAUGUACCUUAUGCUAAUGCCCCGUAUAAGGCCUUGACGGUUGAGAAGGCUAUUCAGAAUUGGAUCCAAUAUGAGGGUAAUGUGUUUAGGUUCCCUGGUGGAGGAACGCAGUUUCCACAAGGGGCGGAAAAGUAUAUUGAUCAGCUUGCUUCCGUGAUACCAAUUACUAAUGGGACGGUUAGGACUGCACUUGAUACCGGUUGUGGGGUUGCAAGUUUGGGUGCAUACCUUUGGAGUAGAAAUGUUAUUGCCAUGUCGUUUGCACCUAGAGAUUCACAUGAAGCACAGGUUCAAUUUGCUCUUGAAAGAGGUGUACCUGCUGUUAUUGGUGUUCUUGGGACCAUAAAGAUGCCAUAUCCAUCUAGAGCUUUCGAUAUGGCUCACUGUUCGCGAUGCUUGAUUCCAUGGGGAGCAAAUGAUGGAAUAUACUUGAAGGAGGUUGAUCGUGUUCUUAGACCUGGUGGCUACUGGGUACUUUCAGGUCCACCAAUCAAUUGGAGGAACAGUUAUAAAUCAUGGCAGCGUCCCAAGGAGGAACUUGAGGAGGAACAACAAAAGAUUGAGGACACUGCCAAACUUCUUUGCUGGGAGAAGAAACAUGAGAAGGGUGAAAUUGCCAUUUGGCAAAAGAGAGUCAAUGAUGAUUCUUGUCAUCGUAGACAAGAUGAUUCUCAAGCUAGUUUCUGCAAAGCUGGAGAGGCUAAUGAUGUCUGGUACAAGAAAAUGGAUGCAUGCAUUACUCCAUAUCCAGAAGUUAGUAGUGCUGAUGAAAUUGCUGGUGGAGAACUGAAGCCAUUCCCUGAGAGGCUAUAUGCAAUCCCUCCUAGAAUUGCUAGUGGAAGUGUUCCUGGGGUUUCUGUUGAGACAUACCAAGAGGACAACCAUAAGUGGAAGAAGCAUGUAAGUGCUUAUAACAAAAUGAAUAGACUUAUUGACUCUGGGAGGUAUCGCAAUAUUUUGGAUAUGAAUGCUGGGUUGGGAGGAUUUGCUGCAGCCCUUGACUCUCCCAAAUUAUGGGUUAUGAAUGUCAUGCCCACCAUAGCAGAGAAAGACACCCUGGGUGUCAUAUAUGAGCGAGGAUUAAUUGGCAUCUAUCAUGACUGGUGUGAGGCUUUCUCCACAUAUCCAAGGACAUAUGAUCUCAUUCAUGCCAAUGUUCUUUUCAGUCUGUACAAGGACAAAUGUAAUCUGGAAGACAUUUUAUUGGAGAUGGACCGAAUUUUGCGUCCAGAAGGUGCGAUAAUAUUCCGUGAUGAAGUUGAUGUUCUAAUUAAAGUGAAGAAGAUAACAGCAGGAAUGAGAUGGGACACUAAGAUGGUUGACCAUGAAGAUGGUCCUUUAGUUCCUGAGAAGAUAUUGGUUGCUGUUAAGCAAUAUUGGGUUGUAGGUGGAAACACAACAUCCACGCAGUGAGCGGCAGAGGAGUGCAAACUUGAAACCUUGGCAUGAACUAAGCCUGGCAAUGCUCUCUGUUACACUAAGUUUGUGACAUCAAUCGAUUACUUCCCUGCCUGAAAAUUUUGGCUGCAAGAUUGGUUCGGUCUAAGGAGGCCAGUUACACGAUUCCAGUAAAUUAAAUAUCUACUAGACUAUCCUCAUUUGUAUUAAUUUAUGAACAGACAGCUACAAAGGUAUGAUUAUUGAAUUUAGGCAUUAUUAUUGUUUGGUUGCAUAAUAUUAGCUCAAAAAGUUGAUGCAUAUUCUGACUCUCAAUGAGUCGUCAAGUUUCUUUCUGAGCUAUCAUUUGACUCUCAGGAGAUGGAUGGUAAUUGGUAUGAACUUUAUUAGUUGGUUUGAUGAGAAGAUUAUAACUUUGCUACUCAGAUAGAAAUGGUGCAUU